AUACGUAACGUUAUAAAUAAAACCACACAUUCUAAUCUAAUUAGAUUCAAUCAAUAUCUCUUAUCUUUAAUAACAUGACGCUUACAACACCUCUUGUAGAUAACAGAACCGAACGAGAGAGAGCCAUCGAUGAAUGGCUUCCGGUUACCUCAUCACGGAACGCAAAAUGGUGGUAUUCGGCCUUCCACAAUGUUACUGCUAUGGUUGGAGCUGGUGUUCUCAGCCUCCCUUACGCAAUGUCGGAACUUGGUUGGGGUCCUGGUGUAUCAGUAAUGGUAAUAUCAUGGAUAGUAACUCUAUACACAUUAUGGCAAAUGGUAGAGAUGCAUGAGAUGGUACCAGGGAAACGAUUCGACAGAUACCACGAGCUAGGCCAGCAUGCGUUUGGUGAAAAGCUCGGUCUUUACAUAGUGGUUCCACAGCAACUCAUUGUUGAAGUCGGGGUCAACAUUGUGUAUAUGGUCACUGGUGGAAAAUCGUUAAAGAAAUUCCAUGAUCUUGUUUGCAAUGAUAACUGCAAAGAAAUCAGACUCACCUUCUUCAUCAUGAUCUUUGCUUCUGUCCAUUUCGUUCUGUCCCAUCUUCCCAAUUUCAAUUCCAUAUCUGGAGUGUCAUUGGCUGCAGCUAUUAUGUCCCUCAGCUACUCUAUUAUCGCGUGGUCGGCAUCUGUAGCAAAGGGUGUGCAGCCAAAUGUUCAAUACGGAUACAAGGCAACUACGACAGCAGGGAAAGUAUUCAACAUCUUUAGCGGGCUGGGUGAAGUUGCUUUUGCAUAUGCAGGCCACAACGUUGUCUUGGAAAUUCAAGCCACUAUUCCAUCCACACCUGAGAAACCGUCAAAGGGACCCAUGUGGAAGGGAGUGGUUGUUGCAUAUAUCGUUGUAGCUAUAUGCUAUUUCCCUGUCGCCAUUAUAGGCUACUGGAUGUAUGGAAAUGAGGUCUCAGAUAAUAUUCUUAUCAGUUUAGAGAAACCUACAUGGCUCAUCGCUAUGGCUAACUUGUUCGUUGUUAUUCAUGUUAUCGGAAGUUAUCAGAUUUAUGCAAUGCCAGUAUUUGAUAUGAUCGAAACUGUACUUGUCAAGAACUUAAACUUCACCCCUAGCUGUACGCUUCGGUUUAUUACCAGGAAUCUUUAUGUGGCAUUAACAAUGUUCAUUGGCAUCUGUUUCCCUUUCUUUGGUGGACUUCUGGGUUUCUUCGGUGGAUUUGCAUUCGCCCCCACAACAUACUUUUUACCUUGCAUCAUGUGGCUAACUAUCUAUAAACCAAAAACGUGGAGCUUAUCUUGGAUCACCAAUUGGGUCUGUAUCAUACUAGGGGUUGCUUUAAUGAUCGUAGCACCUAUUGGGGGUUUAAGGCAGAUCAUCAUUGAAGCCAAAGACUACGAGUUCUUCUCCUGAAGAACUAUGAAAAUAUAGCAUUUUUAUAUGUGUUUACAGAAGUCUGCGAUUGUGUUAUCAAUAAUUUUGCACAGGGGAGAUCCCUUGAGUAUAUAUACAAAUUGGAAUAUUGUUUAAGGGGGGAUAAGUGGCCAUGGAAUUAGUCAAGAAACUUACUUGCAGAAGUUCUAACACUCCCUUCAAUUCAUUCAUAAAGCUGUGUAUGUGUAAAUGUGGUAUAAACUAUAAUCGACGCACAUGUGAAAUGUGAACCUAAAAUUGCUAUCUA